UACUUGGUAUAUAUUGUUGGUAUUUUUUAAUUUGUAGAGUGAUGCAAUUUAAUUGAUUGACAAUAAAAUAAUGUAUCCAAAAUCUCUUCUAUGAAAAGCCAUGUUAGAAUUUUUAACUGUUUUAUCCAUGCUUGAAAGAGCAUAGAAAGCGCUUUAGAGCAUACUCAAAAAAAAAAAAUUGAAUAUGAAAAUCUGUAAUAUAAUUUACUGAUUGUUUUUUAUUAUGAUAUCCGUUUGUGAAAUAGGUAAAUAAAUAUAUAACUAAAUAAAUGUAUGCCUCACCUUAAAAACUGAACUGUCUAUCAAAAUGUAUCAUUUCUCAAGAUAAACAGUUUUUAAAUCAGUCGAAAUCAAAAACACAAUUUAAUUUGUUAAUGUAGGCUAUAGACUAACAGAUAUUUAAAUUUGAGGUAUUUAUAAAACUAUGUUACUUUGUGGUUCUAUUCUUCAGAAAUAUAUUUCUCUUUUCCACUCUUUGGUUUGAUUUUUUUGUUUUGUUUUGUUAUUGUGUGCACUUUAAUUAAGUGGAAACCAUUCAAACAUCUUUAAUGAUUUACUCUUUUUCUUUAGUAGUUUUCAAAGCUAGCAUGACAAUUGGUGUACCGUUUAUCUCACCCAAGCCGUUACAUGUCACUGUGGGCAUGUCCAGGUUGCUAUCUCUGAGGUGUGUCGGGUGUGUCAGUUUACUGUUCCGCAUAUAAAAGCCUAAAGCGUUUCUGUUGGUCAAGACAACUUCAAACAGAAAUUCAACAGGCAAGAUGACCAGUCUUUCUGCUAAGGACAAGAACACAGUCAAAGCCUUUUGGGCUAAAGUGGCUGGCAAGGAGGAACAAAUCGGCUGUGAUGCCGUCUCCAGGAUGCUGACAGUGUACCCUCAGACCAAGACUUACUUCUCCCACUGGAAGGACCUGAGCCCCGGCUCUGCCCCGGUGAGGAAACACGGAGCAACCGUGAUGGCUGCAGUUACUGAUGCUGUCAGCAAAAUUGACGAUCUCACCGGUGGUCUUCUGAGCCUCAGUGAGCUGCACGCCUUCACUCUGAGAGUGGACCCUGCUAACUUCAAGGUUCUUGCUCACAACCUCCUCGUGGUCCUGGCCACCGUGUUUCCCAACGAUUUCACUCCCGAGGUCCACGUGGCGAUGGACAAGUUCCUGGCUGCCGUGGCUCAUGCCUUGUCCGAGAAAUAUCGUUAAAGUGUACACAGGAGCAGAUGAGUGACAGCAGCAUGAGAUUGAAUUCUUACUGUCAAACUGAAUUUGAAUAAAAAAGGAAACAAAUCCAA